CCGCCAUCAGUGAAAGACAAAGACAGAGUUUAUUGAAGGACAGUGAGAAGAUGAGUGAUCCAGAACCCUGCAGAAUUAAACAGGAAGAGACUGAAGAACUAAUAGAUGUGAUUGUGAAGGAGGAGAGUGAAGAACUGAGUGAAGAUGAGGAGAAACAUCAUGUCAAGAGUGAAGACGAAACUCUCGUAAACACUGAACAUGAUGUUUCAGUGGAAAGAACAGCCCUGGAAUGUUUCACCUGCACUCAGUGUGGAAAGAGUUUAAGCUCUAGAUGCCAUCUCAAGCGUCACAUGAUGAUCCACAGUGGAGAGAGACCACACAAAUGUGACCAGUGCAGCAAAUCGUAUUUGAGGGCUUCAGAGCUGAAGAGACAUCUCAGCGUUCAUACAACGGAGAGGCCUUAUUCAUGCUCUGAGUGUGGGAAGAGUUUUAGACAUCCGACACAUCUAAAAGACCAUCAGAAGCUCCACACUGCUGUGAGAAAGUUUGUCUGCUUUAAGUGUAAGAAGACGUUUACCACAGCAGAAUACUUGAAACGGCACGAGAGGAUUCACCUUGGAGAGAAACCUUAUGAGUGUUCGGUCUGCGACAAGAGAUUCAGACUGGCUAGUCUCCUUAAAUUUCACCAAAUGACUCACACUGGUGAGCGACCGUUCACAUGUACUCAGUGUGGGAAGAGUUUCACACAACUAUCACACCUUAGGGAACACAUGCUGGUCCACACUGGAGAGAGACCACACAAAUGCGAUCAGUGCGACAAAACGUUUUUCAGGUCUUCAGAGCUGAACAAACAUCGCAGAGUUCAUACAAACGAGAGGCCGUAUUUAUGUUCAGAGUGUGGGAAGAGCUUUACACUUCUGUCCCAUUUAAACGGCCAUCAGAAGAUCCACGCCGGUGUGAGAGAGCACGUGUGCUUUGUGUGUGGGAAGACUUUUAUACGAGUUUCAGACUUGAGACGACACCAGAAGAUUCACACCGGAGAGAAGCCGUACGUGUGUUCACACUGCGACAAAGCAUUCAGAGAUUCGGGAUACCUGAAAACGCAUGAGAGGACUCACACUGGAGAGAAACCGUACACAUGUGCUCAGUGUGGGAGGAGUUUCGCACAGUUCGCUCACCUUAAUAGACAUUUGCUGGUGCACACUGGAGAGAAAAGUCAUGAAUAAAAACAAAACCUUUUUUAAGGCUUCAGAGCUAAA